AUGCAUGAGCACCGUGCGCCACACGAGCGAGCGCAUGGCGGCAUGGGACCGAAGCCGCUGACAGCGGAGGAGAUCCAACGGCAUCCAGAAUACCCGCAUGUACACUGGAAACUGAAAGCCGACAGCAAAGGAAAGAUUGAUGUCGCCGCUGGCCGCGGUGGACCUUUCAAAUUGGCGUACGAACUUCAUGGUCAUGGACCUACGAAGAUCGUCUGGAUCAUGGGACUGGGUGGAUUCAUGAAGACGUGGCAACGACAGACCAAAGACUUUGGGCACAGUGAGGCUGAUAAGUAUACAUGUCUUGUCUUUGAUAAUCGAGGGAUGGGUGAAUCUGACAAACCUAUCCUGCGAUACACCACUUCAGAAAUGGCGAAGGAUGUAGUUGAGCUUCUGGAUCACGUUGGCUGGAAAGAUGAACGAAGAUGCCAUGUGGUGGGUAUCAGUAUGGGCGGCAUGAUAUCGCAAGAACUCGCGAUGCAGAUUCCAGAGCGUAUAUGCAGUCUAAACCUCAUCUCGACGGCGCCGCGCAUCGUGCGGACCCUCCCAUUCAUGGAGAAUAUUCGCAACCGGAUCAACUUGAUGGUGCCGAAAUCGCUAGAUGACCAAAUUGCCAAAGUCAAAGCAGACUGCUACUCUGCUGAAUGGCUGGCAAAGGCUGACGAGACGGAACACGUUGUCGAGCCCUUCCCAUCGAACGGAGACCGCUUUGCAGCGCAAGAGAUCGACAAGCGCCUCUCGCCUGGCGUCUUCACGCCAAGAGGCUUCCUGUGCCAGCUCUAUGCCGCUGGCUUCCAUCACAAGUCAGAUAAGCAGCUCAAGCAGAUGGGCGAUGCUGUUGGCAGGAACCGGAUUUUGGUAUUCCAUGGUACGGGUGAUCAUAUGAUUGACUUCGUUCAUGGCAAGAUGUUGCUUGAAGGCUUGGGCGGCGAAGCGAGUGGUGUGACGAAGUCCUUCCACGAAGGCAUGGGCCAUGUGGGACCUUUCGAAAUCAGGAAAGAGUUUCACAGGCUCAUUGUCGAUCGGAUUGAGAAGACUGAAGCUCUGAACAAGGCUUGA